UUUUCUAUGAUGUGGUACUCGUGUGACCGGUGUGUUAGCGCCGCCCCGCGUUCCGCUCCCACCUCUGACCAGGUCGGGACGCGAACCCGCGCGGCAUGAUGUUUCUACUCGGCAGGCAAGGGAGAGGAGUCUGGCUGCAGCCCGCCUCUCUCAGUACCCUGCGCCGCUCUUCUCAGUACCCAUCCCGCAGACAGGAAAUGACGCAACACCGCAGCUCUCAGUCCCCUCAGACCGGAAAUGUCGUCAACCCUUGCGACGAAAACAAGUUACGUUAUUUCACCUCUCGCGAAAAAAACACGGUAAGUGGCCGCACUGAAAAAAAGUUUUUAAAAGCGUAUGCAUGUUUAAAAAUGUUAAAUAGUUAAACAACACUUGCGGUGAAAAUAUGAUGUGUUUAUUCUGAGUUGAAAAGACCGUACUUAUAUCUAGUAUUCUUAAUGCAAUUUAAAUAAUGUCUUCCUUUACUAACUGCAUGCGACUUUGCUCUACUUAUAUUGUUUAAUACGUACUGAUGAAUUCAGCAGCGAAUUAGCUAAUGCUGCUAAUGCUUUUUACAUUUUUUUUUUCCACAAUGGACAGUCUUCUUUGUGUAGUUUUCAUUAUAUUGCACUCUUAUUUUUCAUUAUGUACAUGCCUGCAAUUCGCAGCUCGCUGUUUUUGUUGUUGUAUGGUAUUGUUGUUUUGCCUUCAUUUGUUUUGUCUGGUCCUUUGUAGUUUGAAUGUUGUCACAUGAUCCAAAUAGGACAAGGUUGUAAUUUUUUCUUGAUAUUGUUACUCUGCUUAGCUAUAUAUUUUUUCAUUAGUUUUUUUUUACUAGCUGCAAGAUCACCACCCCAUUGGGAAGAAACGAAAUCACGACCCCCAAAUGGUAGUCUUCCCAUGCAGAUACAGGGAUGUCACACAGAUCCAAAUGGAAACAUCGAACACUGUAAAACCCACUGUGCAGACAGGACCAAUGGUGACAAUAUAAGACCAUGCCGAGUUUCAUGGACGGUUCAAACUCAUCCUGCCCAGGAACGGCUGAAAACGUUGACAGUCAAUCAACAGGGGGACAUGGAAAGAGAGGAUUGGAAGUGAAAUAGAGGGUUUUUCGGGACAGCCAUAGGGGAAGGACUGUGGCAUCUUCAUGUUGAUGACUGAUAUGCCAACUCUGAGGAAGUGGUGGUGUAUAUUGCUAGCGGACAAUUUCAAACUUGGGUGCAUGGUGAGCCACAGGAAAGAGUUUGCCCAUUGGACAGAUAAGGCAAAAGCAUUACUGCAGGGUGAAGUGCCACCAGUCUAUCAGCUACAGAAGUGAAAUUUGAAUAUAAUUGCUGAGGAAGAGGUGCAACCACAGCUCCUUCAAGUUAGUGGUGGCCCACUCCAAAAAGAUAUGACGGGAAAAAAAUGUUUUGGUAAAAGGACUGUGCAAGACUGCACAAAAGCCUCAGACAGGGCUUGGGGGGGGAUUAAUGCAGUAGGAGUUCCCAAGCAUCCUGCAGAUGGAAGAGGAUGAGCACGAACUACAAUGUCUUGGAGCCAUUCAAGUUCUGUUUCAACCAUCUGGAAGAUGGAUUUACCUUUUUUGAGGAGAUUGUUGACCAAAGAAAAUAUCUGGUAUUCUCUCAAUAAUAAUAAAAAAAUAAUAAAACUAAAAAAAUAAAGUUUACCACAUUAGAACUGGUUGUAUUGAGUUCAUUUUUCUACACUUAUAAAUUAGUUGUUUUUUUUCUUUUAUCCCAGAUGUUAGUUGUAGGUAGUUUUAAUUACCUGUGAUGAAGGCGGGAGUGCUUGCCGAAAAAUGUCAGGUAAUUAAAACAACCUACAACUAUUGUCUGGGAUAAAAGAAAAAAACAACUAACACAUGACAACUAUUUUGUCAUUUCUGUUUGAAAUAAAGGUGCCUUUCCUGGAGCAGAAAGUUUAAUAUAGUUUCUGAAUUAGUUAAUUAGGAUCUUCACUCACAUGAAUGAAUUUAAGUAGCAAAAUGAAAGACAAAAUUGGUUUGGUUGCAACAUGGAGAGAAUAUUACGUUUUUGAUACAUUAAAUUGUAAUGAAGCUAUAUUAAUGUGUCCGUUCAUAAAAAUGUAAGGAUGACAGCAAUUUCUAAUAAUUCUCAAUUGGAGUAUAUUUUACAAUUGACAAACUAAAGUACACACUGUGAUAGGUCACAUGCGAUCUUUCAGUCACCAAUUAAACCUUUAUUACAGUAGUGUGUAUUUUAAUUUUGAUGUACUGUAACCAUGUUUUUCAUUUUGGUAAAAUCACCAGGCUUUAACAAACUGACCGCGCUUAAAGAGUUAAUCUCCCGAUUUCACCAAAUCAAUUUAAGGAGCAUGGAAAUAAAUUAUUAUUUAAAUAAUAAUGAGUGAUGCUGAAACCGAAAAUAAAAGACUUGCAAAAAGAAAAGUAAACUAGUAUUUACGUUCGAAUGGACGCUAACUAUUACGAUAAAACCGGAAGCUCGGAGCUCGAGCGCUGUUUCAUGUUGUCAUUUCCGGUCUGAGAGCUGCGAUAUUGCGUCACUUCCUGUCUGCGGGAUGGGUACUGAGACGAGCGGCGCAGGGUACUGAGAGAGGCGGGCUGCAGCCAGACUCUCUUGAGGACGUUACACUUGGAGUGUUAAGUAAUUUUUGAGAGAGAAUUUUUCAGGCGGUAGGCCGCCUGCUGUAAAAAAUUAGGCAACGCACCAGUGCCAGUAUCUCACUACAUUUCCCAUAAAACCUUGCGCAGCUAUAGCAGUGCACUUCAAAUUACUUCCGGUUGUCUUCAAUGUCACGCGAGAAUCGUUCCGCAUGUUUUUUUCCUGAAGUGUCAUAAGAGUCAAGUCACAUAACAAGGCCAAACGGUCCUGAAUUUUGAGUAGUUUCAAAGAUUUCGCACUGCUGUAACGCUUACAUAAGAUGAGAUUGCCAUGCAGAGUCAGCACGCUGCACUCCUCAACUUCCAGGAGAGCAUCCUCAGCCCCCGCAGGGAUGUUCGUCCCUGACUGCGGCUCCACAGAUGUGCAAUCUCUGCAGCUACUCCAGGACUUUGUCUCCCGGGCGGCACGCCUGUUUGCCAUCAGUGGUGCUGGUCUCUCCACGGAGUCCGGCAUCCCAGAUUACCGCUCGGAAGGCGUCGGCCUAUACGCCCGCACCGACAGACGGCCCAUGCAGCAUGUCGAGUUUGUCCGCAGUGCCAAGUCCCGUCAGCGUUACUGGGCGAGGAACUUUCUGGGGUGGCCGCAGUUCUCCUCGCAUCAGCCCAAUGCGGCUCACAGGGCUCUACAGCAUUGGGAGGCGGAAGGGAAGCUCCACUGGCUGGUCACACAGAAUGUGGACGCUCUUCAUUCAAAGGCAGGGCAGAAGAAACUCACUGAGCUCCAUGGAUGUGCCCACAGGCUGUGGCAGUAUCUCGGCCAGAGAGGAGCUCCAAAGUCGUUUCGUUGAGCUGAACCCGGACUGGAGGGUUCAGGCCGGUACUGCAGCUCCAGACGGUGACGUUUUCCUGGAAGAUGACCUUGCUCUCCACUUCAGGGUUCCCUCCUGCGAGGUCUGUGGAGGAAUACUGAAGCCUGAGGUUACCUUCUUCGGAGACACCGUGAAUAAAGGGACGGUGCAGUUUGUGCACAAUAAAUUAGCCGAGUCAGAUGCCGUGCUAGUUGUCGGAACGUCGCUGCAGGUUUACUCAGGGUACAGAUUUUUACUAGCAGCCAGCGAUAGAAAAUUACCAGUCGCCAUUGUGAAUAUCGGGCCGACGAGAGCAGACCAUUUGGCCCAACUGAAAGUCAGAGGGCGCUGUGGUGAAGUGCUGUCAAUCAUUCAACCUCUCUGAUGAUAAUAACAUCAAAUAUGGAUGUAUAGUCUUGAAAUGAAAAACUACCUCAACUACAGGACACUGCCUGAAUCACCAGGAUUCAAUAUUUAGACUAUGGAUCAGCCGGAAACUGAAAUACUAGAACCAGUUGUCACUGUAAUGCAUUGUAGUUGCACACUGCUGCAAACUACAACCAUAAUUGCACAUGGCUCUAUAUUUUUAAAUGAAUACUUCGUUGACAGAACUGUUAGUGCAGACUUUGCAUUGGAGCUCACUGUUGCAUGUGUACCUACAGUUGUGACAAAUGAGUAUGCCCCUUCAUACUAAUAAACUAUGUGGCAACUCUCACUUCAAAUCUCAAGUAUAGAUUGUCUCCAAAAGGUUGAUGUAUAACACUAGGUACAUACAGUACUGUACUUCAUUGAAUUAGUAUUGUUGGAAAUAUUUUUGUUGCUGUGACACAUCAGCAAGUCUUAUGUGGGAAAUGCCUCUAAAUAUGUGCAAAUGUAUUACAUGACCUUGCCCACUAAAAUGAAAAAGAAACUGUUGUCAUGGUAUUCUAAAGAUUCCACUAGGUUGUAUAAUGCUAAUGAUUUUAUUUCUCAAUCUAUUUUACAGUGUAUCAAGUAUAGUCUACACCAAGGGUGUAGGUUGGGUCUCAACAUUGGUAGGGACGAUAUAACAGCAUAUUCUGAUUGUACACAUUUUCCUGGGGACGGGACAUUAAAAACAGCAAACAGAUUGGGUGAACAAAUAUGAACGCAAUUAAUUGAUAGGGUAAAUGAUCAAUGGAAAAUAAAUCUGUUUUGACUUAUACUAACUUUCAUGUGUUCAGGUUAUACACCAUUCGAUUAAAACAUUUGUUUUCAAAAACUACUAAAAAAACAUUUUGAAAACUUCCAGAACAAAUGUCUGGAUUUAACGUAACCUAUACAUGGAACUACAUGUCAGCCUACAUUGCCCCUCACCACAAGAGGUACCCAACCUAUAGUUGUGUUCAAAAUUAUUCAACCCUUACAGUGGAUAAAUGUUUGUGAAAGUUUGACAUUCAUUUUUCAUCUUGUUUAUAAUCACAUCGAAUACAGUGGUGCAAAUCAGUAUUUAGUCAACCACUGAUUGUGCAAGUUCUCCCGCUUAAAUAUUAGAGAGGCCUGUAAUUGUCAACAUGGGUAAAC